AUGGCGUCCUUCGCCGUCGCGGGCGACUUCGUCGACGACCUCGACGACGACGAGCCCGAGGCGUGGCCGGAGCUCGCGCAACAGAAGCUGGACGAGUCCCUGCGAUGCGCGAUCUGCCAAGACUUAUUCACGAUGCCCGUGUCCCUGCGCUCGUGCACGCACUCCUACUGCGCGCUGUGCAUACGUCGCACGCUGAAUCAGUUCAAACGCGAGUGCCCGACGUGCCGCAAAGAGGCGUCGGAGGAGGACCUGCAGCCGAACCACGCGCUGACCCUCGUCGUGAGCGCGUUCAAAGCCGCGCGCGCGGACUUGCUCGCGUGCGCGAGGGGGAAGAAGCGCGUGGUGACGCCGCCGCCGUCGAGCGCGACGCGAGCGCGAGGGACGAAACGCGGCACAACAGGGCCGGGUGCCGAUCGAGCCGAUCGAGAGGGACGGAGGACGACGUCCCCGCCCGCGCCCGCGCCGGCGACGGAGGACGCGACGGCGCGGUCGACGCGACGGUCGACGCGACGGAGCGCGCAGGCGGCGGAGCCGACGACGACGACGAGCGCCGCGGCGGCGAAGAAGACGCGGUCGGGCGCGAGGGCGGCGGCGGCGGCGGCGGCGGGCGGAGGAAGCGGCGGAGGAAGCGGCGGCGGCGCGGGCGGGAGGACGACGCGCGCUCGGAGGGCGCGCGCGGUCGAGGUCGCCGCGGAGGAGGAGGAGGAAAUGGAGGAGAAGGAGGAGAAAGGCGGUCCCGACGACGACGACGACGACGAAGGAGAACCCACGCCCGCGACGGCGGAGGACGGGGGGGACGGCGACUUUGACGCGGACGCGGAGGAGGAGGAGGACGACGACGCCGUCAGCGAGUCCGAGUACGAUCCCUCGAGCCAACCCGCGACGAACGCGAACGAUUCGCGAAACGCGCUGCGCGCAGAGGUCGUGGACCUGCUCGACGACACCGCGGAGGAGAUGGACGACGACGCCGGGGACGUGCGGUGGGGGGGCAUCGCGCGGAAACGCGCGAAAAAAGCCGCGGCGGCGGCGACCAACGGGGAGAGGCGAAACGCGACGGCGACGAACGCGACGACCCCCGGGAGCUCUGGGCGCGGGCAAACGCAAAAGUGCCCGAUCUGCUCCUCCAUGAUUUUAGAGGGUUUGAUGAACUCGCACAUCGACGUUUGCCUCACGAAAGGGCAGGCGGGCGCGAGCGCGGGCGGCUCCGGCGGGAACGGCAACCAAAACUACGCGGGAGGGAACCCUCAGCCGUUCGCUUCCGCGAACGGCCCCGCGUCCGCGGCCGCGAUUCCGAAGCUCCCGAAGCUCGUGUACCACAUCAUGAAGGAUAAGCCGCUGAAGAAGCUCCUCGCGGAAGCGAAUCUCAGCACGGCCGGGACCCGCGCGCAGAUGAUCGAGCGUCACAAAGAGUAUACGCUUCGCGUGAACACGUCGAUCGAGUGCGGCGUACACCCGAACCUCGAGCAGGUCGCCAGGGACGUGGACAAGCUCGAGCGGGAUAAAGCGCGCGCGGGGAUGAUGACCGCGGCGGCGUCGAACGGCCUCACCGGCGCGGUGCCGACCGCGGCUAGCGCGGCGAACGCCAAGUCGGACACGUUCAGUCGCCUCAUCGCGAGCGUCCGAGAGCGGCAGCCGGCGAAGGAGAACAAGCGGCCGUCGUCGUCGGGGGAGGACGACACCGCGAUCUCGGACGGCGACGAGGGAGCGGCGGGGGUCGUCGCGGAGGUAGGGGACGAAGACGUCGACGUCGUCGGCGCGGAGAUGUACGAGACCGAGGUCGUCGGCGCGUACCCCGAGACGGAGGAAGUCGCGGACGACGAAAACGACGACCGCGACGACGACGAGCGAACGACCGCGGGCGAGGGCGGCGGGGAGGACGACUCCGCGGACGGCGCCGUGGCGGACAGCUGGCACGACAACGAGGAGUACCCGCUGUCGCAGAUGCCGCCCAGGCGCGCCGUGGUGUGA